GGCUUGGGGGGGGUUUGGGGUCCCGUGUGGUCUCCCCUUGCCUUGUGCGGGACGAGCUCCCCUGUCCCAAACCUCCCGCACCGCCACGCUCCUCACGGGGCCCCCUGCGCGGCUCCCGGGGCCGGCUCUGCGGGUGUCGCCGCCGCCGUUGCCUGGUAGCGGCGGCCCCGCGCGGGGAUGAGGGGCACGGACUGGUGCCUGAGCUCGGCGGGGGCUGCCCUGGUCCUGGCCACGUCCAGCGACGAGCAGCACCCUGCCGAGAGCGUCAUGGACGGCAACUCGGAGACGUUUUGGACCACGACAGGCAUGUUCCCACAGGAAUUCAUUAUUGGUUUUCCUAGAUGUGUAAAAAUCAGCAAAGUUGCAAUCCAGAGUUAUUUGGUGCGGACCUUAAGGAUUGAAAGAAGUGUAUCUGAAGACCCAGUAGGUUUUGAGGAGUGCAUUGAAAAAGAUUUGGAACACACAGAAGGACAGCUUCAAAAGGAAGAAUUUCCACUUCCUGAAUUUCAAGCCACUUACUUGCGCUUCAUCAUCAAAUCUGCCUUCGAUCACUUUGUAUCAGUGCACCGGGUGAUAGCAGAGGGUGCAGCAGAAAACACUUAGGAUGGCACGUAUUUCUUGGGGGUGGUAAUUCCAAGGCCCCACUCCUCCCUGCAGAGGCAAUGAUAUUAUACAGUGACACUAAAGUAGACAGAGCACAAGUCCUUUAGCGCAUAGCAGUUACAGCAGGACUGCAGGUAGGUGUGCUUGUGUUUCCUUUGCCCAGCAGCCGUUGCAUGGUAGAGAGGAUAUGCGCAGGUUACACCCUGUGUGUAACUGUGACAGGGCCAGGAUGUGGAUCCUGGAACUGGAGAGUGUUACUGCAUCUGAACUUUGGUGUACCUGUGUUUCCUAAUGAGCCAGAAGAUAAAUAUUUGAGCAAGACUGAGGUGUACAUCAAGUAUGUACAUUGUAAAGCCCGGGCUAGGUUUGCUGCAAGUCCUUUUCUUUCCACAGUUACAGUGAACUCUAAUUUCUCUCUCUCACACAGAAUGAAAUUCAGUUAGAUGUAAAACAUUCCCAAAUUAUUCAGAAAUUUAAAUAUCUCAAUAUAUUACACUCAUUAUUAUUGUUGAUAUUUUUUACCUUGUAGACAACCUUUCCUCCUUGAAGGAGAUACAGUCGUUCCGGCAACGCAGCAUAUUUUGCACUGCUCAGGUUUUCCAUAGUGUCUAAAACCACGGGACAUAAAGGAUUGUUUUUCUGAAGAAAUUGGGCUGCCAUUUUCCGAUCUUCAAGGCUUCUGUGAUUUUUAAUAACGACAUUGUUUUUAAAAGCCCAUCCAUCUAAAACAAAUGAGAAAGGGAGUGAGCAAGGAACGUUUGGGAUAGGUGUUAAGGGUGGAGCUACACUGUGAUAGAUAUCAGGUGGAGGAUAUGUGUCUUAUUUGGGUAAGGUUUGUCAAAGUGUUGGGUGUGGAGGGGAUUUUAAAAUGGUAAGCAGUGCUGUUGGCUGCCACCCGUUCAUUUAGCACAGUCACAACAGCAGCACUGUUCAUUCUGCUUUGUUCUACUCAUUAAGCCUAUACAACAAAACUUCAUCUCUAUGAGAAGUGAAGCAUUUCAGCCAGGGCUCAUCUUCGUUUUCCAGGAAUAACACAAACACAUGUUUGCAUGCAACUGUUCCUAGGGAAGUAGAAACUAGUUAAAAGGUUUUGAGCAAAAUGGUCUAGUGGAAAGUGCCCCUGCCCAUGGCAGGGGGUUGGAACUGGACGAGCUUUAAAAUCCCUUCCAACCCAAACCAGUCUGGGAUUAUGUGAUUGAGGUACUGUUUCUCAACUACAAAAAGUGAUGUAUUGUUCAAAAACUUGAAAACUGUAAAUGUUGGUUUAGAAAACCACCUUAACGCUGGGAUAUAAUCAGUGCCAAUGUGUUAUCUGGAGUUCAGCAUGGAUAAAAGUGUAUAUAGUUUGCUACGUUUUUCAUAUUGGAGUCUGUUCUUGAGACGUGUUAAAAAUGAAUUAUUUAAACCCCAAACACGUAACAU